AUGGCCCUCUCAAGCGAUCAACACGCCGAGCUGCAGGCUCAGCUCCAACAGGCCAUCACAGCCUGCAACGAGAGGUGCCUGUAUUUUGCCGCUAAAUGGUGAGCAUGUGAUCUCAAGCUCAUAUCAGCGGAAGCCUAACGGUACAUGUCCAGGACUGCAGAGCUCUUGAACUCAUUCGCGGAGCCUGAGGAGAAGUUGGACACCUCUGACACUGAAGCCGAUGAAGAUGAAUUUGAAGCGCUGCCACCGCGAAAGAAUGCCGACAAGAAGGAAGCUCGACUGGAGGCCAAAGAGCUGCCUCGAUAUCUCAUGGCCAAAUCGUUUUUCGACUGUCGAGAAUUUGAUCGAUGUGCUGCCGUCUUCUUGCCCACGCAAGUCGCCCAUAGCACUCCAUCAUACCAGGUAUCGUCACCGUCCACCGUCAGCUCCGCGCCAUCCAAACACAAGCGGAAUCUUUCGACACCGUCUACGAAAGCAUCAAGACCAAAGUAUCAGCCGCUACCAAAGAAUAUGAGCCAAAAAUCUCUCUUUCUCGCUCUGUAUGCUCGAUACUUGUCUGGCGAAAAGCGAAGGAACGAAGACUCUGAGACGAUUCUUGGGCCUCAUGAUGGACCGGCUACUGCUAACAAAGAAGUCUCCAGCAUUGCCAAUAUGCUUGAAGAAUAUUUCGACGCUCGUGGUGGCCUGAAAAACAUGAGCAAUUCGCAAGGAUGGCUGGAUUACCUCUAUGGCAUCAUCUUGAUCAAGUCCAAAUCCGAAGCCCUCGCGAAGCAAUGGCUACUUCGCAGCGUCAAUAUCAACCCAUACAACUGGUCAGCAUGGCUUGAGCUAGCGUCUCUUGUAGAGUCCCAAGAUGACCUACAACAGAUAGGUCAACACUUGCCUCGCAGUAUGUUGGCCUUCUUCUUUCACAUCCAUUGCAGCCAAGAGCUCUUUCUGCAGGAACCUCAAGUAUACAGCACGCUCGAGCAGAUGCAGGCUAUUUUCCCAGACUCGGCAUACCUCCAACAGCAGAAGGCGCUCUUACUGUAUCACGCACGAGAUCACGACCAGGCAAUGGAGAUCUUCGAUGGCUUGAUACGGAGUAAUCCAUACCGACUAGAUGGCAUGGAAAUAUACAGCAAUCUUCUGUAUGUUCUUCCGAAUCGACCGAAGCUCGCAACACUCGCUGCCAUGGCGAGUGAGACGGACAAGUUCAGACCAGAGACAAAUUGCAUUCUGGGCAAUUACUACAGCUUGAUAUCCGAGCAUGAGAAGGCAGUCCUCCAUUUCCGACGUGCACUGGCGUUGGACCGCAGCUUUCACGCCGCCUGGACUUUGAUGGGUCACGAGUACAUCGAGCUCAAGAACACCCAAGCCGCAAUUGAGUCAUACCGACGAGCAGUCGAUACUAACCGUAGAGACUACCGCGCUUGGUACGGUCUCGGUCAAGGCUAUGAGAUGCUGGAAUGCUACAGUUACAGCUUAUUCUACUACCAACGAGCAGCCGCACUUUGUGGUGGAGACCCAAAAAUGUGGGCAGCUGUCGCGAACGCUUACAGUAAAUGCGGCAAGAACCAUAACGCUAUUCAGGCUUUUAAGCGCGCUUUGAUCGUCGGCAGCCAAAUCGACCAGAGCUCGAGCUUCAGCACGUCGAACUCCGAUCCCCUCGCUCAGGCCGUUGGUGGGGCUCUGGAUCCGCAGAUUCUGUUUGAGAUUGCGAAUCUGUAUAACUUCGAGGGCAGUGAAGAAGAAGCUGCUGCUUACAUGGAGCUCACGCUUGCUCAAGAGGAGGGGCCUGAUGAAGGUGAUGAGGGUCUUGGCGUUACGCAGAUUACGAGCAAAGCAAGACUGUGGCUAGCGAAGUACUGCUACAGAUGUGGUGACUGGCAACGGACAAUGGAGCUCGCAAAUGAACUUUGUCAGGACGGCGUUGACGUCGAGGAUGCAAAGGCGUUGGUCAAGGAUGUGAGGAGCAGGAUGAACUUGCAGGUUCAGGAGGAGUCGAUGUUGAACGGGGAUCAUUGA